AUUGAAAAUUAUACAUGUAAAUAAUUAAGCACACAGGAAAGGAAGCAAAUGCAAAACGUUGAUAAGCAUUAAUUUCAGCAAAUAGAAUGGGUCGGACACGAAUAACAUUUACAAAACAACUAACGCAACCAUGAAUAUUAAUUUAAACCAACACUUUAAGGGUAAUUGGAACAAGGUACGUAUUUUUGGAUGUGAGGGAUAACACACCUGGUGAACGUUCAAGGAGAUCCCAAGGACAGGGAUCCCCCUACCCCCACCCCCCGAAUGGUGCCUCAUAAGAGCCUCCCUUUCAUCCGACCCCCAAGCCUACAAAGACUCAGGACCUUUCUGCCAUACCACAUCUGUCGGAGUCCCAGGUGGCGAGCUUGGGAUGAAAAGAAUUGCACCCUCCUUCAAGAGGUAUAUCCACGGCUCUGGACUACAUUUCCCGGGGGCCACCGCGAUCUCGGCCCCUUCCAGUCAAAAGACCGCGAUGGUUUAUUGUCCACGUUCUCCGAGAGGCGCUCUGGUUGGCGGAGGAAGAGCAGCGUCACGUCGACAGUUGAUGCUUGUGUUCUAAACGCGGCCUGAAAUUCGUUGAAGCGCUCUGCCCACGGGUAUGAGCGGUGUGAGGACGACAGUGCUGAGCGAAGGAAUAGGGUCCAAGACCGAGGGCUGUGAAUUGAGACCGUUGAGCUCUAGGCUCUUAAAGGCAGCCCAGGCUCCGGACUACAUUUCCCAAUGUCCACUGUACCCAAGGCAGCGUCCUGUCCGCGCAUCGGCCCUUUCAGGACGGGACGGGGGACUCCCCGCGAGUCCCUGAGGAACAUCCACGGCUUGAGGGAACCGCAGAGCCAGCUCUGUUCUCUGAAGGCUCUGUUUCACCAGGAGAGGAAUCCAGAAGACUGAGCAACUCUUGGAAUUUUAAAUUAUGACCCAUCAGUUGAUGGUGUUCAGGGACGUAGCUGUAGACUUCUCUCCAGAGGAGUGGGAGUGCCUGGACUUGGAACAGAGAGGUCUGUACAGAGAUGUGAUGUUGGAGAACUACAGCAACAUGGUCUCACUGGGACUUUGCAUUUAUCAGCCAGAUGUGUUCUCUUUACUGGAGAAGGGGAAAGAGCCCUGGAUGGUUUUGAAGAAUGAGACAGGAGGACCUUGCCCAGACAUGCAGUCCAGGUGUCAGACCAAGAAGUUAUCACCAAAAAAUGGCAUUUUUCACAGAGAAUUUCCUCAAUGGGAAAUAAUGGAAAUUUGUAAAAAAUGUAGCCUUGAAUGUUUAUGUUUUAGAGGUGAUUGGGAGAGCAAAAGUCGGUUUGAAACACUACAGAAAAAUCAGGAAGAAUGUUUUAAGCAUGUUUUACUCUCCUGUGAAAAAAUUCCCACCUUUAACCAGGACACAGCUUUUAAUCUGCAUCACAGACUUGAUAUAGGAAAGAAACUGAAUGCAUUUAAAGAGUGUAGUACAGCCUUUUAUUCUGGCUCAGACUGUAUUCAACAUCAGUUAAUUCAAACUGGUGAAAAAUUUUGUGACAAUAAGGAAUGUGGCAAGAUUGUUCUUCCUAAUUCAGAGCUUACUAAAUAUCAGACAGCUCACACUGCUAAGAAAACAUAUGAAUGUAAAGAAUGUGGGAAGUCUUUUAGUUUGCGUUCAAGUCUUACUGGUCAUAGGAGAAUCCAUACUGGUGAAAAACCUUUUAAAUGUAAGGAAUGUGGGAAGGCCUUUAGAUUUCAUUCACAACUUAGUGUCCAUAAGCGUAUUCAUACAGGUGAGAAAUCUUAUGAAUGUAAGGAAUGUGGGAAGGCCUUUAGUUGUGGCUCAGACCUUACUCGACACCAGAGAAUUCAUACUGGUGAGAAGCCCUAUGAAUGUAAUGAAUGUAGGAAGGCCUUUAGUCAGCGAUCACAUCUUACUAAACAUCAGAGGAUUCACACUGGUGAAAAACCUUAUGAAUGUAAGGAGUGUGGGAAGGCUUUUACUCGUGGCUCACAUCUAACCCAACAUCAGAGAAUUCAUACUGGUGAGAAAUCUCAUGAAUGUAAAGAAUGUGGAAAAGCCUUUAUUCGUGGUUCAAAUCUUGCUCAACAUCAGAACGUUCAUGUUGGCAGGAAACCCUAUGAAUGUGAGAAAUGUGGAAAAGCCUAUAUCUGGAGUUCACACCUUGCACGACAUCAGCGAAUUCAUACUGGUAGGAAACCUUAUGAAUGUAAGCAAUGUGGGAAGACUUUUAUUUGGGCCUCAUACCUUGCUCAACAUGAGAAAAUUCAUGAGAGGAAACUCUAUGAAUGUAAGGAAUGCAGAAAGACCUUUCUUCAUGGCUCAGAGUUUAAUCGACAUCAGAAAAUUCAUACUGGUGAGAGAAACUAUGAAUGUAAGGAAUGUGGAAAGACCUUUUUUCGUGGUUCAGAACUUAAUCGACAUCAGAAAAUCCAUACUGGAAAGAGAUCAUACGAAUGUGAAGAAUGUGGAAAAGCCUUUCUCUGGGGUUCACAACUUACACGACAUCACAGAAUACAUACUGGUGAGGAACCUUAUGUGUGUAAAGAAUGUGGGAAAUCUUUUAUCUGGGGUUCCCAGCUUACACGACAUAAGAAAAUUCAUACUGAGGUAGCAUCCUAUAAAUGUAAGGAAAGUGACCAGUUCGUUAGUCACCAUUUAUAUUUUACUGAAAAGAAAAUUCACAAUGGUGAGAAUCUGUAUCAAUGGAAAGACUAUGGGAAUACCAUUAGUCAUGACUCAGACUUUGCUCAACACCAGAAUAUUUACACUUUUGAGAAAUCGUAUGAAUAUAAAGAUCUUGAGACAGCAUUUUCUCCAAACUCUCACUUUACUUCAUUAUUGUGAAAUCUUAUGAUAUAAAAAUAUAGAAAAGUCUUUAUUCAUGAUUCAUUAAUUGAUGUCAGUUAAUUCCUUCUUUUGAGAAAACCCAUUGUGUAAGUAAUAUUGGAAAACCUUUUGAUGGAGCACAAAACACACUCAAUAGCAAAGAAUUCCUAUUGCAAUCUGUAUUAACAGAGGAGAAGAACAUUUACUGAUUGGUUGUCAGUUACAGAAUAUCAGAGUAAAACCAAAUGAAUGAGAUAACAGUGUGAAUCCUUUUUGAAUAUUCUCAAAACAUUCUCCACAUCACUGAUACAGAGUUUAAAUCCAAUUCUUAUAGAGAAACCUUCCAUCACUACUUAAAUCUUGUUGCACUUCCACAGAUUCUUAUGAAAGGCAAAUUUAUGUUUUGUAAUUAACCUGGGAAAGCCUUGUGUUAUGUCAUGCAACUUAUUUGGCAUGUCUUAUUUUCAGUACAUCUUACUUCCUAAUUUUUGGAAAGUAGCAAUUUUGUUUUUGUUUGCUUACUUGUUAGAUUGUAAGGGUUAAAUGAGUUUGAGGAUUUAAAUGACUUAAUGAUCAUCAUUAACAAUAGUAUUGGACCAUUUCUAUGAGAGGAAGACCUUGAAAGUAUAAUGAUUAUAGAGAAAUGUGCCAUCUGUAUGUAUGUCUUACUGAACGGCAGAAUGUUAAUUCUGAAGAAAAACCAGUAAAACAGAAUGAAGUGAAGAAAA